AUGGAGAAUAUGCUACUUUGGUUGAUAUUUUUCACCUCUGGGUGGACUCUCAUUGAUGGAUCUGAAAUGGAACAAGAUUUUAUGUGGCACUUGAGAAAAAUACCCCGGGUUGUCAGUGAAAGGACUUUCUAUCUCAGCAGCCCCACAUUCGAGGCAGACGCCAGGAUGGUGGUAAACAGAGUGUGUGGCAUCGAAUGCCAGAAAGAACUCCCGGCUCCUGGCCUUUCUGAAUUGGAGGAUUCUCUUUCCUAUGAGACUGUCUUUGAGAAUGGCACUAGAACCUUAACCAGGGUGAAAGUUCAAGGUUUGGUCCUUGAGCCAACUCAGAAUAGCACUCCAAAAGAAGCAGCUGUUAGGAGAAAGAGACAAGUGUAUGGCACCGACAGCAGGUUCAGCAUCUUGGACAAAAGGUUCUUAACCAAUUUCCCUUUCAACACUGCGGUCAAACUCUCCACGGGAUGCAGUGGCAUCCUCGUUUCCCCUAAUCAUGUCCUCACAGCCGCGCACUGUGUUCAUGACGGAAAGGACUAUGUCAAAGGUAGCAAAAAGCUAAGGGUAGGAUUGCUGAAGAUGAGAAAGAAAGGUGGAGGCAAGAAGCGCAGAGGUUCUAAGAGGAGCAAGAGAGAAGCUGAGGCCAGUGACCAAAGGGAAGGUACCAAAGUGAGUCUGCAGGAGAGACCCACGAGAAGAGGGAGAGUCGAGUUGGGUCGGGGUCAGAGAGUGGSGGAGGGAAAGCCUUCUUUCCAGUGGACGCGGGUCAAGAAUACCUAUAUUCCUAAAGGCUGGACGAGAGGAGCAGGUGGGGAUGCGGCCUUGGACUAUGACUAUGCGCUCCUGGAGCUGAAGCGCGCUCACAAGAAGAAGUAUAUGGAACUAGGAGUCAGUCCGGCCAUCAAGAAGAUGCCUGGAGGAAUGAUCCACUUCUCUGGCUUUGAUAACGACAGGGCUGAUCAGUUGGUCUACCGGUUUUGUAGCGUGUCUGAUGAAUCCAGUGAUCUCCUCUAUCAAUACUGCGAUGCUGAGUCGGGCUCCACUGGCUCUGGGAUCUAUCUGCGUCUCAAAGAGCCAGACAAAAARCACUGGAAGCGCAAAAUAAUCGCGGUCUAUUCAGGCCACCAGUGGGUGGAUGUCCAUGGGGUUCAGAAGGACUAUAAUGUUGCUGUGCGCAUCACUCCACUCAAAUAUGCCCAGAUUUGCCUCUGGAUCCACGGAAAUGAUGCCAAUUGUGCUUAUGGCUAA